UCUCACUUAUAAGUUGGGAGUUAAACACUGAGAACACAUGAAUAGAAAGAACAGAACGUCAACACUGGGGCUUACUUGAUGGUGGAGGGUAGAAGGACAGAGAGGACUGAAAACUACUAUUAGGUACUAUUGAAAUGGUUAAAAAUGAUUUUAAAAGGUACUGGAAAUACACUUCAUCAUUAGUCAAAAAGGUAAUACCUUUAGAAAAUUUGUUCUCCCCAUGAACGGGGCAUGCUCCAAAGCCCAGGCAACAUGAGGAAGCAUUGUGGAAGAUGCUCUCCUUCCUUUGAGCUGAAGAGACCUCAACGAUUGUGGCAUAUUCUAAAUUAGUGCCUUAUAUCUCCAAAAAUUUUUUUUCAGACAAAUCAGGAAUGGCUGAAGAAAAUCACACUGUGAAAAAUGAGUUUAUCCUCACAGGAUUUACACGUCACCCAGAGCUGAAGACUCUGCUGUUUGUAGUGUUCUUUGCCAUCUAUCUGAUCACCAUGGUGGGGAAUACUGGUUUGAUGGCAUUGAUUUUUACACACCGUCGACUUCACACACCAAUGUACAUCUUUCUGGGAAACCUGGCUCUUGUGGAUUCUUGCUGUGCCUCUGCCGUUACCCCCAAAAUGUUACAGAACUUCUUUUCUGAGGACAACAGGAUUUCCCUCUGUGAAUGUGCAGUACAGUUUUAUUUUCUUUGCGCUGUGGAAACUGCAGACUGCUUUCUUCUGGCAGCAAUGGCCUAUGACCGCUAUGUGGCCAUAUGCAGCCCACUGCAGUACCAUACCAUGAUGUCCACGACACUCUGCAUUCAGAUGACCACAGGGGCCUUCCUAGCUGGAAAUCUGCAUUCCAUGAUUCAUGUAGGGCUUGUAUUUAGGUUAGUUUUCUGUGGAUCAAAUUACAUCAACCACUUUUACUGUGAUAUUCUUCCCUUGUAUAGACUCUCCUGUGUUGAUCCUUAUAUCAAUGAACUGGUAUUAUUCAUCUUCUCGGGUUCAAUUCAAGUCUUUACCAUAGGUAGUGUCUUAAUAUCUUAUGUCUACAUUCUUCUUACUAUCUUCAGAAUGAAAUCCAAAGAGGGAAGGGCCAAAGCCUUUUCUACCUGUGCAUCCCACUUUUUGUCAGUUUCAUUAUUCUACGGAUCUCUUUUCUUCAUGUACGUUAGACCAAAUUUGCUUGAAGAAGGGGCUAGAGAUAUACCAGCUGCAAUUUUAUUUACAAUAGUAGUUCCCUUACUAAAUCCUUUCAUUUAUAGCCUGAGAAAUAAGGAAGUAAUAAGUAUCUUAAAAAAAAAUCUGAUGAAGAAAUAAUCUCAGGAAAGCUGGAAACAAAUGACCUCUACUAUAGCUUAAUGAUUUCAAUGCAGCAAAAACUUUC